AUGUUCGAAGCUAGGUUACAAAGUGCUAUUUUAUUCAAGAAAAUUACUGAAGCACUAAAGGAGCUUUGCCAUGAUAUAAAUAUUGAAUGUGAUUCUGAAGGUUUGCAUUUACAAGCAAUGGAUUCUUCUCACAUUGCUUUGGUAUGUUUGUGUAUAUCACCUGAAGCAUUUGAACACUACCGUUGCGAUAGACCUGUUGUCUUGGGUUUGAGUAUGCAACAAUUAUCUAAAUUUAUGAAGUUUUGUGAUAAAGAUACAAGCAUGUUACUGAAAAAGUAUGAUGAUGAUGAAGAUAACAAAAUUACCUUGUGCUUCGAAGACAAUAUGAAUACAAUAUCACUUAAAGAAUGUACACUACGUCUCAUGGAUAUAGAACAAGAACAUAUCUCUAUACCAGAAGAAGACUAUGAGUGUAAUGUAACUAUGCCUGCAAAUAUUCUACAAUCUAUAGUUCGUGAUAUGAGUGCAAUAGGUGAUGAGGUAAAUAUAGAGAUAAGUGGGAAAUGUGUUAAAUUUUCAGUUGAUGGAGAUGAUGGGAAAGUUGACUUGAAUUUUCCAGUAAAUGAUUCUCCUGAUGAAACAAAGGCAGUUCAGAUUCAUGCCAAUAAUGUAAUAUCACAUAGAUAUGCAUUAAGGUAUUUCUCUUAUUUUACAAAGGCUACACCCUUAAGUACAACAGUAAUGAUGAGCAUAUCUCAAGGUGUCCCAUUGAGAUUACAAUUUCCCCUUAAUGAUAGGAGUGACCAAGGAAAAGUAGAAUUUUAUCUAGCUCCCAAACUUAGAUAG